CGACCCCCGGUCGGUCGUUUUUUUUUGUUGCCUCGUCUGGGUCAGACUGAAAGCGGCUGAAUGUCCCCCAGCUGUUCCGGUUGUGCCUUCAGGGAUGCUGCUUUAGCAUUAGCCUGUUAGCCGCCUGCAUCCACCUGCAUUAGACAUCCCGGCAGCCAGGAAGGCCUGCGCCUCUGCUAGGCUGCCUGUCCGCUUUAUUUCUCAGCGUUGUGUUUUUUUUUGGGGGGGGGGGUUGGUUUCUAAUAACAGCGGCGGUUCUGGUUAGGAAGCCCUGCUGUUUUCGGCAGUGUGUGGACUAACGGAGCGCCGGUCAUUGCGCUGCCCGGACGCGAGCUGUUAGCUCGGGUAGCUAAUGUGGAAGGUAGGCCUGUGGGGGACGCUUGGCAGUCAGCCUGUCAGAAUGGCACCAUUCGGGCUGGUUGGACUCACGCUGUUUAACUUCCCAUUUCUGCGAGCUGCUGUCGCGCUCGGGUAUUGAGGUGUAUUUGUGUUGCGACGCAUCUCCCCGGCGCCCCUGUAGGAGGUCGGGUAGCGCAGUUACUAACGCCGCAGUCCUGGGUGUGUUGGAGGAAUGACCGCUGGUUAUACGUAUUGCUGUAAAAGCACAAUCUAAACCUCAUUAGAAUAUACAUAAUAUAUAUUUCCCCUGCCAGCGUCAGAUGGUUGAUUCACCUGCUACCAGGUGCGGUAGGAUAUUUACAGUAGUUUAUAGUUUCAUGGAAAUGUAGCCGAGUCGGUCUGCGGUCUGACUUGCGGGCAUCUCUAUGUAAUGGGACGGUGCGUUUCACUAGCAGUGUAACGUCCAGUGUAGCCAUCGGAGCCCAGCACGUUUUGGGGGAGACGCAUGUCAACCUACCAGGGAUCUGGAAAUGCAUCUAACUUUACCUACAGUGAACUAGAUUGUGCCAUUGGUGCAUUUUUUUUAGUAGGGAUGCAAGUUAAACUAUAGUUGUUUUCUUAAAACAUUGUUAAUGAACUGGGUGUUUAUGGGACACCACAGGAUACCAAGGCAUGAAUCGUAUUGGUGUUAUGGUUGAUUAGAUGAAAGUGCUUGUUAAUCUUACCUAUUGGUUAUUUUAGGUUACACCUGAAUCAGUGCUUACUUAUAUUGUCCUUAAUGUAUGUGAAAUUCUUUGGCUUGACAGUGUUGCGCUGUUGAAUUAUGGGUAAGGGUCAUCUGGGAAUCUUUUCUGUGGGAAGAAAAAUCAGAUUUUUAUCUCCAUGUGAUCUUGCGCAGCGCAGGUCACUCCUGCAAAAUGGCACUUAAAUGCAGGCCUACAUUGUAGCCUGUUUUGUUACUUUGUUGAAUUGUUGAUUGCAGAUACAAUGUGAACAUAGAAAUCUUGGUUAUAUUUUCGCAGUUGGCUCGUCUCUUUGAAAUUCAUUGCCUUGUUUGGUGUUUUAAACACGUGCAUGUUAGAAGUAUCCAGUGCAGAUGCUUUUGUUUUAAGUUGACAUCCAUCACCAUUUAAGUUUUGUAUUGUGUAGUGAUGAUCUAAUGAUAUGUUCAGUAUUUUCCCCAGUGAAUUUUUUUUUUUUUUUUUUUUUUUUUUUUUUUUCUCCUCCUCUCCUGUUCAGUUUUGUGUGAUGGGAUGUUGUUGCCAUGGAGUUAGGGUACCAUCUAAAGCAUUGAAGCUGAGCUUUGCCAGUCCGCUAAUCAAGCCCAGUACCAGGUUCGCGCUCUGCACGCCCGGGCCGCCCUUUCAGAACCCACACAUUGAGAGGUUACGCACUCACAGCAUCGAGUCGUCGGGGAAGCUGAAAUUCACUGAAAAGCACUGGGAAUUCACCGCCGACGACCUGAAGGACCUGGGGGAGAUCGGCCGCGGCGCCUACGGUUCCGUCAACAAGAUGGUGCACAAGCCCAGCGGCCAGAUCAUGGCUGUCAAGAGGAUCCGGUCCACGGUGGACGAAAAGGAGCAGAAGCAGCUGCUGAUGGACCUGGACGUUGUGAUGCGGAGCAGCGACUGUCCCUACAUCGUCCAGUUUUACGGCGCUCUGUUCCGAGAGGGAGACUGCUGGAUAUGCAUGGAGCUCAUGUCUACCUCGUUCGACAAAUUCUACAAAUAUGUAUAUUCUGUGUUAGAUGAAGUGAUUCCAGAGGAAAUAUUAGGCAAAAUAACAUUAGCUACUGUCAAAGCACUUAACCACUUAAAAGAGAACUUGAAGAUAAUUCACAGAGAUAUCAAGCCAUCCAAUAUACUCCUGGACCGGAACGGCAACAUCAAGCUUUGCGACUUUGGCAUCAGUGGUCAGCUGGUGGACUCCAUAGCCAAAACCCGGGAUGCCGGCUGUCGGCCCUACAUGGCGCCGGAGAGGAUAGACCCCAGUGCCUCGCGGCAAGGCUACGACGUCCGUUCCGAUGUGUGGAGCCUGGGAAUCACAUUGUACGAGCUCGCCACCGGCCGCUUCCCCUACCCAAAGUGGAACAGCGUCUUCGACCAGCUGACGCAGGUGGUGAAGGGCGACCCCCCGCAGCUGUGUAACUCCGAGGAACGGCAGUUCUCCCCCAAGUUCAUCAACUUCGUUAACUUGUGCCUUACGAAGGACGAGUCGAAAAGGCCAAAGUACAAGGAGCUUCUGAAACACGCCUUCAUCCGAAUGUACGAGGAGCGGCAAGUCAACGUGGCCAGCUAUGUGUGUCGUAUUCUGGACCAGAUGCCUGCUUCCCCCUCGUCACCCAUGUACGUGGACUAACCCUGUCCACUCAGGAGGGCGAUCUCCUCCCUCAUGUGCAAUAAGAUUCCUCUUGGUCGCGUUUUUAUGAUGUCACCUACGCACGUGAUUCUCUCAUGCUUACAUAGGGACUGCACACUAGUCAUUGGUCCUGCCCUUUUGUUUUGGUGUAAGGCCUAUUAUGUGAACACAGUAUAGUGAUGAAUCCUGGAAUUAUACACAAGAUUAUUAAGUCUCAUUUUUGACCUGGAGAUGUUCAGUCAGCAAACUGGAAUCAUUCUGUGUGAACUUUCCCACCUCGUCCAUGUAUUUGAUUUUAAAUAUUUUGUGUAUCUUAGAUCAAAUCUUGCUUCAAUAGGGUUAAAAGCCAAGAACAAGGAAGGUUUUUUAUAUAUAUUUUUUUUUUUUGUCCCUUCCCUCCCUCCUUUACCUGAGCACCACUGGGUAUCGAACAGAUGUAUGUGCAAUGGAUUUAAUUUGCCGAUUUUUAAAAAGUAAAUAAAACAGUGACUUCCUCUAUGCUAACCUUUGACUGUGGCAUGCAAGGUGCUUGUCGAAAAAUGUCAUUCUAUGUCUUUGCAGAAUGAGGAAAAUGUGCAAAAGAUCUCUGCAAGUCACUGUAAUUCCACGGCCCACGUGUGUUAAGAUGCUCUGUCCCACUGGAUGUUUCUCCUCACUGCCCCGCCUGCCUAUUCUGUAAUCGUCCCAACUCAUGUUCACCAAAGACGGGCUGCUGGGUCGCUUUCAGAGAACGGUUCUGGUUUGUGAAGGCCCGUGUUAAGAGUGUGACACGUAACUGGAUACGCUAACACUGGUCCUGAAUAAUGUGGAAUAGCUGAAUACACACGGUGAUCGUGGCAGUGUGGGUCAUGCCUGUGAUCUAUGCCUCUCAGCAGCUUCUCUGGAAGGACCUUUGAGCUGGUUGAGCUGCUUGAUGGGGAUGGACAGGCCCUUUAUAUUAGGAGUCCCUGGGAUCGACUCUGAUUGGCCGUGGUGUGAUCCAAUGCCCUGUUUCGCUCUGCUGGUCCGCAGGUUCCACUGUGGCAAAGACUCACUGGAGUUUACCGUAUUCCUUCUAGUAAAGAGGGAGAGGAACAGCACUAAGUUACCAGGGAUGUUUUGCAGUUGAGACUGAAAAUGGAUGAAAUAAUAGUUCCUUUUUGGAAGUUGUAAUCAUUUUAUUUUUAACGCAUGUGAAUGACAUCUAUAAAUUUUAAUGACAGGACUAGGUGGGGAAAGUUGCACAACUUUUAAAUUGCAUUUUUUUUUUUUUUUUUUUUUUUUUUUAGAAAUCUAUCAUGACCUCGGUCAGCUCGCCAUGAACCGGGCAGUUGGGUCUCCCACUUUAAAAUUUAUUUGAAAUUGUCUCAAUAGAAUGUUAGUAUGACCAUUUUCAGUAAGAUAUUUAAAUCGCAUCGCUGUUUAAAUAUUCUUUGAAUGUUUCACAUCUCUGGAAAAACUAUGCUGUACACGUCAUUUUCUUCACCAUGGUAGAUGUGUAAAAAAAAAAAGAAAAAGGCUCACAUCCUAAGUAACGGCAGUAAAUACGACAGUGGUUAUGUGUUGAAACUUUUUCACAAGAAAUGUUUCCAGUGUUUGUUUCUUCGAGAUGCUUGACCUUAAUAUUUAAGACUUAAUUAUCUGAUCUCAAACUCGCUGAGGCCUCCGCAGGUGCCCCUUUGCCCAGAGGUUGGAUGUGACGAAGUCGAAAUAUAAUCCUGUUAUUUGGCAUUGUAAUGCUUGUUUUGUGAGGUCUGGGAACUUACAGUGGCAUCAAAAUAUCAAUAAAAUAAUUUUAACAAUUCGCA